AUGGUAUUGGGAAAGCGUAAGCACGGCCCCGGGGCAAAGGCAGCUAUGCAAGGCCUCAAGAACCACGAGGAUCCAGUUGUACGAAAGCACAAGAUGGAUGACAAUGGCAAAAUUAUUAUGCCGAUCAGGAAAUCAUCCAGUUGCGUAGAGAAGGGCAAAACAGACCCAUCUGGAAGUCGGAAAUCAAGUUCUCCGAGGAGAUCGCCGCCUCUUUCACCUAAAUCGAAAAUGUUAGCCGAUCUCAUCCCGGGGAAAACGACGGAGGACAUCCAGAAGAUAUGCGGUAAGGCUAUUGUGUCGCCCAGAACGCAGAUUGGACUUGAGAAGGAACGGGUACAAGUCGAAGAGAAGAGACUUCGCCUUGUGGACGAAAGGCUCAAAAAAAUGAAGGAGGUACUGAUUCUGAAGGCCGACUACCCGCUGGUGGCCGGAGACAUGGAAGAAGACGAUGAACCAGAACACCUUCAGCGCUCUCCUGCUUUCAAUGCGUACCCUGAGGAUCCUGAGGUGUACGGGCGAGAGGCCAAACAAGUACCUAUGCAAGCCCAUAGAAAUAUCAUUGUCGACAGAAGCCAAGCUCAUGAACCGUUCGGCCAUGGGAUUGUCUCAAGGGUCCUUCUGGAAGAAGAAACCGAGCCGGGCAAACCAACGAGACAAGUUGGGGCGUGGGCGAUCAAACAAGUACACCUCCGGGAGUGGUUGGCCCCAGGAACAGUGAUCCGGGCUCUACACGCAGUUCCCAACAACGACCUCAAGCUAGAAUAUCCCAGCAACCUCGUACGCAUAUAUCCUCGAGGCCCGGUGAUAGCAAAGUGGAGGCCCAUGAUUAUACUCUGGCAUCAUAACAGUGAGAUGACCUGUGUGCCACUUUUCACACUGAAGGCAAAAAAUCCGGAGACGAAAAAAUCCGAGUCAGGUCUUAAAUUGCAGCAUCUCGCACCCGCUAAACGUCGAGAGUAUAUGCCGAUCAGGCGUGACGAUAACGAGGGCAGCGCAUGGAAGAACUAUGGCCUAGCACUGCACAACGGGCCACCACUGAUCAUGUUAAAGCAUCCUGGUACUUACGGCCUGGAAGCGGGCUCUUUUGCUGAUCUUUCACGGCCCGUGACCGUCGGUAAAUUCGACGAGUUCGAGGAUGCGCUUGCUAUGCUCAAGGACGGAAGCUACGCUCGUCUUCUUGAGGCUUUCAAAUUCAGAGAACAGUUAGCCAGGGAGGGCGCGCUUAGCAGCAAAGGCAUGAGGGAUACACGCACAGCUACGCCCCCAGCAUUACAACGCAUGAGUGACGAUAGAGCAAAAUGGAAUGCAAUGGGCGUGGGAGAUGAUCAGAUAGACGAGGACGACGCUUACUAUGAUGCCGAGUUUAUAGAUCUGAACAGGUAG